GUCAACAACAUGCCGGCCGCCAAUAAAUUGCUCCUGGAGGAAGCCUUACAGGAUAGUCCUCAGACCCGGUCCUUGCUUAGUGUGUUUGAGGAGGACGCUGGGACCCUCACAAGCUACACCAAUCAAUUGUUGGAGUCAAUGCAGAGGGUGUUUGGAGCCCAGAAUGAGAUGGCACUUGCCACUGAGCAGCUCUCCAAGCAGCUGCUGGAGUAUGAGAAGCAGAAUUUUGCCCUGGGUAAGGGAGAUGAGGAGGUUAUCACCACGCUGCAACACUUUGCCAAAACAGUGGAAGAGUUGAAUGCACUUCAUUCUGAGCUGGCUACGCAGAUGGCGGACAGGAUGGUGUUUCCUAUGAUCCAGUUCAGAGAGAAAGACCUCACAGAGAUAAGCACACUGAAAGAAAUAUUUGGAAUAGCCAGUGAUGAGCACGAGGGAGCCAUGGUGAAAUACAGCCGCCUGCCUAAGAAGAAGGAAAAUGAAAAGAUGAAAGCGGAGGUGGUUAAAGAGGUUGCUUACUCCAGGAGGAAGCAGCACCAGGCAGCCAUGCAGUACUACUGUGCUUUGAAUGCUCUACAAUACCGUAAGAGAGUGGCAAUGCUGGAGCCUAUGCUGGGAUACACGCAUGCCCAGAUAAACUUCUUCAAGAAAGGUAUGGAACUGGUCUCCAAGAAGAUGGAUAGUUUUCUGGUCUCAGUCACCAGCAUGACACAAAGUAUUCAGGCUCAGCUGGAUGCAGAGGCUGAGUCCAUGCGCCUGUCUCAAAGAGAGCUUCUUUCUGUUGAGGAUACAGUCUACAUGCCAGACUGUGACCGUGACCCAGUCAACCGCACACUCAUCCAGAAGGCUGGCUACCUCAACAUCCGAAAUAAAACUGGCCUAGUCACCACUGCCUGGGAUCGGCUCUUCUUCUUCAGCCAGGGUGGCAAUCUGAUGUGUCAGCCACGAGGUGCAGUGGCUGGGGGUAUGGUCCUGGACCUGGACAACAGCUCCGUCAUGGCUGUGGAGUGUGAGGACAGACGUUACUGCUUUCAGAUUACUUCUCCCAAUGGUAAAACGUCUAUAAUUCUUCAAGCAGAGAGCAAAAGAGAAUAUGAAGAGUGGAUCUGCACACUGAACAACAUUUCAAGACAGAUUUACCUCACUGAGAACCCUGAGGCAGUGGCCAUCAGACUUAAUCAGUCAGCCAUCCAGGCUGUCACCCCAAUCACCAGCUUUGAGAGGAGACAAGAAGGCUCCCCCAACCCAGACAGAGCAAAGCCUGGUGGGGUGGUGCCGGGAGAUGUUUCAACAAAGGUCCCGUCUGCUCCAGAGUGUGAAGACUUGAUUGCCCCAGGAACACCUAUUCAGUUUGACAUCAUGCUUCCUGCUUCAGAAUUCCUGGAUCAGAACAGAACUGGAGGACGACGCACAAACCCUUUUGGUGAGACAGAGACAAACAGCGCCUCAGAUACAGGAGACACUUUGUUCCAGCAGGUGUUUGCUGUGCGUUUCCUGGGCUCCAUGGCAGUCAGGUCUGGUCACACACAGGACGUAGUCUACGAGGCCAUGAGGCAGGUGCUGGCUGCCCGAGCCAUCCACAACAUCUUCAAGACCACUGAGUGUCACCUGAUGGUGACCAGUACUUGCUUGAGGUUGAUUGAUCCUCAAACACAAGUCAUAAGGAUUAGUUUCCAGUUGAGAGAUGUGACCCAGUUUGCUGCUCAUCAGGAAAAUGGCAGACUGAUGGGCUUUGUGGUGGAGGGGCGAGACUGGAGCGAGGGGGGGGAGGAAGGAAAGCCCUCCUUCAGCGUGUUUGUUUUUGAGAGCAACACAGAGGGAGAGAAGAUAUGUUACACCAUAAGUUUGGGGAAAGAAAUUAUAGAGGCAAAGAAAGAUCCCCAGGCCCUUGCCCAGCUGAUGAAGUCCAUGCCUUUGACCAAUGAUGGGAAGUUCCUUCUGUUAGAGAGUGAAACAGGUGAAGCCGCGGUUGGGGCAGGGCAGGAGACUCUGGAGUCAGAGGCCUGACAUGACAACCUAGAGAAAGCCAGGGUCGUGACAGAGCAGGGUCAGUUUCCUUACAACCUCUCCAUAAGACCCCCAACGUGCUGUCUCCUUUAGACCCCUCAGGACAGUGGGACAUUGUCAGCAGAUUGAUGUGUGAUCUGUUCUUUUCACUUGCUUUUGGUUUUAAGUUUUAUAGACGCAGCACUGUAGAGGCAAGUGUUUUAAUUAAAGCUUCAUAACCAUUUCCUCCUCAUACUAUUUGGUUUCCAUUUUUCAUCCAUUACAUAUCUUAGAUUUCCAUUUUUUACACAUUAGGUGUCUUAGUUUAAUAAUUCCACUAAAUCUAUGCAUUCUGUAUUGUACAUAGUAUCUGCCUUUGCACGUUAUGGUCAGGCAUAUGUAUCCCAGCUAUACAUCCUCACUUCUGGUGAAUUCUGUUGCGCUUCCCAGAUGAAGCAGAAGGCUGUGAUUUGCGAUGUUCUAAGACUGCAUUCUGAUCUGUACUGAAAAACAUGGUACUGUAUUCUGACUGAUCAUCCAACUUGGUCCUAUCCAGCAAUCCCAUUAAAGCCUGACUGUGUGUGUUUAUUCCUCUUAAGGUAAGACUUUCCAUAUGAUCACUCAACAAACUUGACUGAAGCAACGUUUAUUCAGAAUCACCUUUCAGCUAAGCAUGAUGGCCCUGUUCAGAUGGCCCAAUGUUUUAAGACGGACUCAAAAGCCGACUUUUUGACCAAAUGGAUGCAGACAUUCUGCUGUCUUGCAUCUCUGUGUUUUUCCAUUUAUUGCUAUCUCAUUAGGCACAGCCUAACACUGACAAAGGACUGAUAUGUUUGCUGUAAGUCAUUUGUACUACAUACACCUAGUAUUACUCUCCUAAGGCCGCAGGCCCUUUGAGAGUACAGACAAAUGCAUUUUUGUUUUUCAAGUCCUUCCCAACACUCUAUUAUAAAUAUCCUCAAAAUACAGACAAAAGACUUCAGUAAGAAUUUAUUAUUUCAUUAUUGGUUUUCUGGUAAAAACCCAUGUUUACCGUGUUUACAUGCAAUGAAGACUGAACUCAUGCUUAAUUUGUCAUGUCUGGAGCUUAACACAGUCAAAAUCUCCAAAUACAAAGAAGCAGUUUCUUAGCUUGUGUGCUGCAAGAAACUAUUUAGUCAGAGUUAGUGAUCACAGUUAAGUGUGACUUACUGAUUGAUUAAAUAUCUGAGAUAUCAGUUUGAUUUCUUCGACAUCUGAAACAGGAUGAAGGGAUUUUCAUUGUUUUGAUUACUACAGGAAUUGUCAUUAUUCUGAUUACCCAGGGGAUAUUGUUCCAUGCGCAACAGUCUUUUUUCUCUCUGUUUAUGUUCCUUGUGCAGUCAGUCUUUAGGGAUAUGGUCGUACUUCAAAAGGUCAGAGUUUGGUUUUCUCCAGACACAACUGUUUAACUCUACAGAAUUUUCUUUUUUUUUUUCCAUGACUGAACAUCCAAGAGCAGAGACAUAUCAG